AUGGCUUCCGAGCCAAACUCCCAUUCUCAACUUGAGGGACCAACAAAUGAACGAACACCUAAUUCCAACAUAAUCAUGUUGAAAGCAGCUAUAAGAGAAAUAGAAGAUCUUAAGAUUACUCACCAGCAUUUCAGAGACAUUACCGACAAAAGAGUCAAGGUUUUGAAUGCCGAAAAUAUCCUGUUGAAACAGGAUAAUCAACAAAUCAAAGCUGAGAUGGACAACCUGAAAAAACAAAUUGUUGCACUCAACAAGGCAGGAGGGGUUUACUGUGUAGAAUGCGAGGAAAGUGGAGGAGAGGAAGAAAAUAAUGAGUCAGAUAUUAGUGGUGACAGGGAACAUAUGAAGGAUGUGCUCACCUCAAUUCAAAUCUCCCUCAACAACAUCAAUCCUGUGACUAUUGCACUCGAAACACUCACUCCCCACCAACGAGAGGCUUUGAGCUUUGAAGCGGCUGACUCAAAGCCUGUGAAAGAUGCUAUAAAUGAAGUAUUUAUGAGAAAACUUGGUGUCGAUAAACUCGAAGCGAAGCACUUACCAGAUUACCUGUUGUCAAUUGAUCCCAGUCAAUGUCCGAAAGACACUGCCACUCAAAAAAUAUCACAUUGUUAUAACUGGAAAUUAUCAGCUGACGACAAAGCAAAUAGCAAAAAUUUAGUAGAAAUUCAACAAUGGGUCAUACUUAAUGCAACAGUAGAAAUACCACCAAUUGUAGGGAUGCUUCAGCUUGUGCUACCAAAGAACCUGAAGCAUCAAAUUUGUGUGAAAUUCCAAUAUAUGGCAAGGCAGGACCUAUCUGACACUCAAGAAGAGAACCUUGUAAGCAUGUCAGUGUCCAAAGCACACAGAGACUCUUGUGCACAGUCUAAACUCAACCAACAAAUUUGCAAACAGCCAUUUUCUACUUACACCGACAAGAAAUUUGAUGCCGCAUUUAUCCUAAAUGCUAUGUCUGACGAUGAGGACAAUCCGGAUUAUUGGCCAAUGUCAGAUGAGGUUAGGACAUUCAUUAGUAGAGCCCCAGAUUAUUGGAGUGAAAUACUUGGAAAUGAUGAUUUUUGGAAGGAUCUAUCUGGUCGUGGACUUCUAUUGGCAGUCAUCACACCAUGUAAAACUGAGGGUAAAGAUGCAGCUCUAAAAGUUGCUGUGUAUGGUGGAUUAGCAGCUGCCAUUGCCACGGACAUUCGUAACAUCAAAGCUGUUGUCGGACGAGUGAAGACCAGAGGAAAGUGGGGAAUUAUAGACCGAACAAGUGGUCUUGCUUCAGUCGCUUUCACACACCAGGACACAGAGGGAGUGGAAUUUGAGUUUUAUGACUCCGGACCAGGCUCAGAUGAUGACUUUAUGCAAUAG